GGGUUACCUCCACGGAGCAGCGCACUGUGCGACAGUACAAUUUCGUCUACGCGUCGAUUCAAGUCACGACCUCUAAAUUACCUCUAAAUUCGAAACGGUUCAGGUAAAAUUUCGACGGGUCCCGCUCGUGCGUAAUUCGGUGUAAACGAUUCAGUACGUUUCGAACAGUUAAUCGUUGCGUUUCCACCACGCGCGAGAUCUUGACCGAUAGGUUAUCGAAAGGAGAAGAGCCAUGUGUGUACGUACGUUGCUCGGUACCGAAACCAACGAGCCGGUAGUGGUAUACAACAAUCAGAACAAGCUCCAGAAAGCAAAAGAAAAGUACAUAAAGUUGCACGAUGAUCUGGUCACUAAGGAACUGGAGAUUGUCAAACAGCGGAAGAAUCAGACGGUCCUCAUACCAGAACUUGCCGAUGACAUCUUGAGAGCCAGCACCAUAAACUACAGCUCGCUUUUGAAAGUUCUGUGCAACUAUUACGAGGCCAUGCAACAAACGAAAAUUUUCAAAAUUCUGUUUUACACGACGCAACCGGCUCACGUAAUUGUGAUCGCAGCAGUCCUGUGCGUGACAUCGGCUCUUGUACCGACUACGGACAGAGUACACUUCAGUCAUCCUCAGUCGAGAGCAGCAGCCUUCAUUUAUUUAGCUUCGUUCGUGAUGCAUCUUGGUGCCCAAAUUUGGAUGACAUUUGUGUCAGGUCUGUCCUUGUACUUCGCGUUGCCAAGACACACGUUUGGAGAGGUGCAGCGUAUCCUGUUCCCAAGAUACUUCACCAUCAAUGCGUGUCUCAGUCUCACCACACUUCUUAUUUUUGUCAAGCAUCAUCCUAUACAUACAUGGAACACCGAAGUUGCCAUUCAGGUAGGCGGUAUGUCCAGUGCCUUUUUCCUGGAGCUAUUGAUACGACUCUAUUUAACACCGCCUCUUCUACGACUAAUAGUACAGAAGAACAUUUUGGAACGUGCUGCUGGUGUUGGCAACGAGAUUGGUGUUCAUAAUCCGGGCCCUCUGAAACACUGCCCUCAUUAUUUAAAGAUUCAUCAAGCCUUUAGACGCGUUCAUGUUUUUAUAGCAAUGGGAAACAUGCUGACUAUGGGAUGUACAGUGUUACAUCUCCAUUACAUAGCUAGUAAAUUAUGUGUUCUUUAAAAACUUCAUCAGUUCUUUAAAUGAGUUCUACCGAAUGUAUUCAUGUUCAAAAUCCUCUAAGCAUGAAGCGGCUGAAGCUCUACGAGCAUAUUAGCGAGAAAUGCCAAUACUGAUCUUGUUCUCUGCUUCUAUUGUACAAGAAGCAUUUAAUGAAGAUAUCCGAUGCAUUUUUUUGAAAGAAAGGAAAAGAGCAAGUUAUCAGGCUGAUAAAUGCGUUGUAAAACAAUGAAUUGAGUACUCUGAGAUACGUUUAGAAUUCUCUAGAUGUUAUGUACAGGAAGAGUGAAAACACUAAGCUUAAUUUAUAUCCUUAUAGGACGAGCUUUCAGUAAUUUAGGCAUAGUAUCUCCUAAAACGAAAAACAUGACUCAUUAAUUUAUUACUAACGCGAUGCAUUAAUUAUAAUAAAAAUGUAACGAUGCACGAAUGACGGUAAACGUAACUCUUUUACGUUUAUUAUUUUGUCCUUGACUACCUAAUUUUUUAUUUGUUCCUUUUUCUUUGAAAAAAGUUUAAUGUGCGUGUUUGCGGAUCGUGUGUGUGCCUCCGAUUAAAAUAUCAGAGAAUCACUUGAUCUAAAGAACGAAUAAAUCGUGAAAUUAGUAAAAAAAAAAACAAAAACAAAAUGUACACUUUAGAUUUAGUUUAAAGUGUG